AUGAUUAGAAAUAACAUACAAACUCAUGAUAAUAAGCAACAGUCGUUACUGUUUGCACCCCUAACAAUAAAAGGGGUAACACUCAAAAACCGUAUCGGUGUGUCACCAAUGGUCACGUGGCAAGCGGUGGACGGUAUACCUAAUGAUUUUCACGUGGCCCACUAUGGCCAAUUUGCCCUGGGUGGUGUCGGGCUGGUUAUGGUAGAGUCUACAGCAGUGGAGCCCCGGGGCCUCAUCACACCGGCUGACACCGGCAUCUGGAAUGACGAGCAGGUAGAGGGCUGGCGCAGGAUUACUACCCUGAUCAAAUCGUUAGGUUCGGUGCCGGGCAUUGAACUAGCGCACGCUGGCCGCAAAGCUAGUACAUCUGUGCUUUCGUACAGUUCUAAAAGCUUGGCGACAGAUUGUGAAAAUGGUUGGUCUACUAUAGCUCCCAGUGCUAUACCAUUUGGCGGUGGUUUGGAUAAAGUGCCCAAAGAGGCCACACUUGAGGACAUAGAAAUACUGCAACAGGCGUUUGUGUCGGCGGCGCUCCGAGCGGUUAGCGCUGGCUUUGAGAUAAUUGAUCUACAUUUUGCGCAUGGUUAUUUGGUGAGCACAUUCUUAUCGCCUAUCAGUAAUCAACGCACCGACAGAUACGGCGGUUCGCUGGAAAACCGGAUGCGAUUCGGCUUAGAGACGGCCCGUCGGGUGCGGGAAGUGAUCCCCAAAUCAAUGCCACUGUUUGUGAGGAUUUCGGUCACGGAUUACGCGGACAACGGAUGGGAUGUCAACGACAGCGUAGAGUUCGCC